AUAUUGGACUCCACUCCUUUGAACACAACCGUUUAUACUUUUUGCACAUAUUUCUCUUCUUUUCAAAAAUUAUUUCUAUUUUUCUAAUAAUUUUAUUAAUAGUUACAAUACAUUCCCACCUUCUUCUUAAGAUCAAAGUUUUAUUCUUUCGGCAUGGCCACUUCGCCCAUACUCCCGUACUUAAUAUAGGAAUUGGCCAUAGUAUGCUACCAGUUGUUAUAUAAAACUCAUUUAUUAAGUAACUUUUACUGUGUUGUUCUUCUAUUAUAGGACUUUUAAUGACAUCAGUGCCGAAACCGGUUGCCAUGUAACUUUUUAAUUGUUAAUUUUUUUUAUGGGGGAUUGAUUAAGAGUAUCAUUUCUUAAGAAAUAAUUAUUAAUUUUCCAAUUAAAAUAUUUUGUAGGAUGAAAUAUAUGAAGAAAUGAUAUCGAUUCUUGGCACUUCAGGAACUCAUCCGACAUAUCAAAAUUUAGUGGAUUUAAAAUUUAUGGAAAGAUGCAUAAAAGAAUGCCUAAGACUAUAUCCAAGUGUUCCAUUCAUUUCAAGAGUAGCAGGACAAACAAUCAAAACACAUUCAGGUUAUACUAUUCCCAAAAAUUCAGUUUUAAAUAUUUAUAUUUAUGACUUACAUCAUAGUCCACAAGUUUGGGAAGAUCCUGAAAAGUUUGAUCCAGAUAGAUUUUUGCCAGAUAAUAUUGCUAAGAGGCAUCCAUUUGCCUAUGUGCCAUUUAGUGCAGGUGCAAGAAAUUGUAUAGAGGUUCGCCAUGCUGGAGUUAAAAGCAGCGCUAUGCGGAAUUUUGAGAACAUUCCGAUUGGAACCAGUCGAUAAAAUAGAAGAUUUGAAAUUUAAAGCUGAUUUAGUAUUACGAACAGCUAAAGAAAUUAAAGUAAAAUUUAGACCAAGAUAAAUGAAUAUAUUAAUGGGUUGAGAUAUUACAUUUUUACAUUCAUAAAAUAUGUUUAUAUAUUUAAAAUUUUUAUUAAAUAUCCUAAUCAUUCAC